CGCCCUCCAAGUCCCCCGUCUUCCAUUCUUCCUCGCUUCAAGCUUUCAAAGACACUAUUCAAAAACCCCGCCAGUAACUGCCCAAGAUGGCCGGCCACAGCUUCAAGCAGCUCGUCUUUGAGCAGUUCUUCCCGGACGCCGUCCCACUUCCGGACCCCGAGCCUACCAUGACCACCUCGCCAGUGCUUCCAGCCCCGGCGAACGACACAGAGCAGCCCGAGGGAGAAGUCAACGCUCCGGAACCUGCCUUUUCUUGGGCCGAUGAAGUCGAGGAAGAGCUUGGCGAAGAACAACCAGCACCGGUCGUGGUACCGGUACCAGAUGCUGAGGACGACAUUGAGAAUACCGCUGAGAAAGACGACGUACAAGUCACCACAAUUCCGCUACCAGAUGAGGCAAUACCCGCUGCUACUGAUGUGGCACAGCCAGAGUCAGAUUUCCCAGAGCUGGAGUCGCCAGGGUCGGAGCUGGCAGAAUAUGAACACGAAGACGGUUACGAGUCUUGUGUCGAAGAUUAUGACGGGUCUUGUACUCUGAGUCAAGGCUCUGAUGAUGAUAAAAGGAAGCUUAGCCCAAUACCUGAAGAGACUGAGUCAGAAGGUUCCCACGACAACCUCAUACUGGUUGACAAUCCGGACGAACCGGUUGAGCCAAAGGGAGGAGACCAGGAUGACGUACAAUCAACUGGGCUACAAGAGGAAUCAUCACAAAUGUUUCCAGAGGAUCCUACUGCUCCUGAAAUGCCUACAGAUUCCAGCCCACCUCAGCUUGGGCCUGAAAGCUUCCCGCCUUUAUAUGUCACUCCAGACAGAACUGGGCUUGCUACAAUUCCCGGCCCAUCCGGUGGUGUUACGCCAUUAUCUGCUGGUGAGGGACCCUGGAGGAAACUGGGAGAUGGGGAACGGCAGAACAUCGAGGCCUGGGCAAGAGGAGAAGCUGAACUCACAACCCAUGUUGAGCCCGAUAACGAAGCCGAGUCCCCUGAUAUUCCCGCGUUAUGUCAUGUUCAUCGCUCACCUCGCUCAUCCAACUCCUCGUACGAUAAUUUAUCGGAUGCACCAACGGUUAUUGGAAGCCAUUUGGAAGACGAACUCCAGGACCCGUUUCAAAGACGGUUACAAGACGAAUUCCGGGGACUUCCAGAGCCUCCUAUGGGUACGAUGGCCUCUAUGUUCGAUUACGCUCCUUCUUCCGAGAUUGCUUCUAACGCACCUGCGUCCAAAGAUACCUGGCGGUUCGACGAUAGACUCACAGGACCGACGGCCGCUGCCAACUACGUUCUUCCCACAUUAACUAGCUCAUUCGACAAGGACACGUUCCUUAAAAGCCUGUCGGGGAUUUCCAAAAAGGGAAAGGAACGGAAAGAGAAACUUGAUAUGCGGAUGAAGUCGCUCGAAACUGGGGGCAGAUUCGAUAUCAUCUUCGAAUUGAACAUUAGGAGAGAUUAUAUUAGAAUGUCGUCGGAAUCACUCGAAGAGCUGGAAAAUUCAGAAGACAACAUCAGCAACUUCGCGGAACCUCUCAUGAAGCAAGAGCAAGCAAGCCACCCUCCGUCAGGAAAUGUCUCUGAAGCUGGCAAUGAGCAAAUCUCAGUCAACGACGAGAUUGAGCAAGAGAAAGCCCACUCAGAGAGAGAGCCAACCGAAGAAGAAAAGGCCGAGCAAAUCAAACGCGAGAAGGAAAAGGCCAGGAAAAAGGCGAAAAGACAACGUCACAAGGACAACAAGCGCACAGAGGUUCAAACAAAUGUGCGCGACGCUGAAAGUCAACCAGGCGUUACCACUCAAGCUUCAGAGAUGGAAAAUGCAACCAUUCAAGACGACGAUGAAGAGUAUGACCCGAUCAAAGCUCAGAUAUCCGAUGCAGAUAAGAGCAAGAUGUGGUUUAACGCUAAAAAUCAAGCCCGUGAUAUUCUAAAGAAACAUCUCAAGGAAGAAGAGGAAUUACUUGAAGCUGGGAGAGCCUUUGAUAAAGCAAUUGAUGACAUAUUGGGAAACCCCGAAAACGCUCAGAAAGAGGUUGCUGAAGCGGAAACAAAGGCUGAGAAUCUGCAAGCCAACCAGGAUGAGCCCGAGAAGCCAAAGGUCGUCGAGGCAAGGAGAGACCAAGCCUCGGAGUACAAGACGCCCGCAGAAGAAAGGCGCAAAGUCGAGCAGGAAGAUGCGGACCGCAAGCUUGCAGAGCAGAUUGCCAAAGCCGAGGGAGACGAAACCACAAAGAGGGCCGAGGACGCCAAGCCCAGAACACUGGACGAGCAGCAAAAAUCUGAGCAAGAAGAAAAGGAUCGCAAACUAGCACAGCAGAUCGCCAAAGCCCAAGAAGAAGAGGCCGCAAAAGCUUCCGAGGAUGCAGAGAGCAAAAAGGUAGAAGAAGCUGAAGAUUUAGCCAAAUCUACCGAGGCUGAAAAGGCCAAGGCCCUAAGAGAGCGGGCCAAGGCCGUUGAGGCUGAGAUGCUCAAGGAACUCGGACAGGCAAAGGCUAAAGUUGCGGAGGCUGAAAGGCUCAAGGACAGCGAAAAAGAAAAGGCCAAAACGGCCAGAGCUGAGAUGGACCUAGCCCGCAAAAAAGCCGAGGCUCUCGAAGCGAUAAGACGCAAAGCCGUGCGAGAGGGCAAAACCAAAGUUGCUGAAUCACAUGAAGACAAGAAGCGCAAAGCACUCGCAACGGCCGACAAUGCUUCAAUCGCGGAAGAACAAGCGUCUGAAAAGGUCAAGAUGUAUGAAGAGGAAGAAAACAAAGCGCGUGAAAACCUCAGACUUCUCGAAAUUGCGAGGCAGGACGCCGUCAAAGCGGAGAAGGCCAAGGCUGCUGAGCUUGGGAACUGGAACGUUGCCGUGAACCCCCGGGCCGCCGCAGCUGAAAGACGCAGGAUCAUUCGCGAGGCAGAGAAAGCUAGUAUGGCUAAAACCACCGUCGAGGAACCCCCAAAGACUUUUACGCCGGGCGGGAAAAUCACGUCUGUUGCUGAAACAAGAGGCAAGACGCUUACACCAGGCGGGAAAUGGACGACUGCUGCUGCAUCAAAAGGCGGUGCAUCAAGGACAAGAGACAACAAGUUUAGACCACUCGGAAAGAUUUCGAAUAUCGCUGAAUCAAGAAGCGGAGCAGCCAAAGACACCAGUCGCAAGCACGUAGCGGCCGGAGCUGAGAAGCGCCGGGAACUCGAGGCUGCUGGGGCUGAAAAGCGCAAGGAGAUCAAGAAGGAGAAUCAGCAACCGGGCGUUGUGAAGACUUCUGAACCAACCGUUCCCAAGACUCCUGCAGCGAGCGUUGCCAAGACUCCUGAACAGAGCAUUCCCAAACCCCCUGAAGCUAAUAUUUCCAAGCCUCCCAAAGCGAACGUUCCCAACUCUUCUGAACCGACCGUACCCAAAACCCCUGAAGCGAGUGAUCCCAAACCUCUAACAGAGGCAGAGAAACAGAGGAACUUCUAUGAGGCCAAAAAGAAGCAAAGGGACGAGGAGGUUAGACAGGAGGAGGCUAAACAGAAGGAAAAAGACGAGGAAGCUAAAAGGAAGCGGAUGGAGGAAGAGGCCAAAAGGAAGCAAAUGCAUGCCAACGCCAAAACUGCUUCUACUCAGCAGGCGAAGGAGAAAGAGGCAUGGCCCAAUUUGCCAUCUCCAUCACAACAGAGAAAGAUUGAAGGUCUGGGAAAUGCCCCUCCACCAGUCAAAGUUCCCCAGAUUGUCAAGAUUGCCCCGCCUAAAGAGAAGCCUCAGAGCUCCCCUAAGGCAAACCCGCAGCAAAAGCCUCAAUCCCCGGCUCAGAAGCCGCAGCAAGCGUCGACUCAACCGAAACCGGAGGAGAAGGACCAGGGGAAGAUUCAGGCUCCAGUGCAGGCAAAGCCACAGAAGAAGGCUAAGAAGCAGGCUCAAGUUCCAGCUGCGGAAAACACUCAGGUUCAAUCUCAGAAGAAGAUCAAAGACCCGGUGCCAAAGGAGCAUCCCAUUCCAGCUCAGGAGAAGCUUCAAGCUCCAGCUGAGGAGAAGCCACAGCCUCCACCCCAACAGAAGCAUCAAGCUCCAGCUCAGGAGAAUCUUCAAGCUCCAGCUCAGGAGAAUCUUCAAGCUCCAGCUCAGGAGAAGCUUCAAGCUCCAGCUCAGGAGAAGCUUCAAGCUCCAGCUCAGGAGAAGCUUCAAGCUCCAGCUCAGGAGAAGCUUCAAGCUCCAGCUGAGGAGAAGACACAGUCUCCAGCUCAGAAGAAGCCUGAACCUUUAUCUCCAUCUCGGUUAGUCCAACUUACGAAUAAGCCUAAGGCUCCAGUCCAAGUACAAACCCCGGCAACUUCUACCAAGAAAUAUUCCGAGAUUCUGUCACCCCUAGAAAGGCUCGAUGCUUUGAAUACCGCUAUAUCUGGAGGAAGUGCGCAAGGAAAUUCUCAAUCCUCAUCUAUGUCUGGGGAGAAAAAGAACGAGGUGCAGGAGGAGACACCAUACAUCAUUCCACAGCUUCGAAAACUGUUCGAUGCCAAGGAAAAGGAAGAGCAGCUUGAGGCCCAGAAACUCGAGGCUGAAAAGAUUGAGCGCGAGAAAGCCGAGCAGGAGCGCAUCACACGCGAGAAGGCCGAAAAAGCUGAGCGUGAAAAGGCUGAUCAUAAUAAAGCUGAGCGUGAAAAAGCUGAGUGCGAAAAGGCUGAGGGCGCCGCCAUCUCCAACUCUCGCUUCGGAAAUGAGCGGACUCUGCAACGCUGGGUGCCCGAUUCUACCGAUGGGCUUGAUGAUAGCUUGGAGAAGACCAAUACUUCUGGUACCUGGGAUCAGUUCGCUGCGAAUGAGCGCCUCUUCGGUCUCAAGAAGACCGACUAUGAUGAGAAAAUCUAUACCACGACGAUCGACAAGAGCCACCCUCAGUACAAGGAGCGGAUGGCCGCUGCGGAACGCAAGGCCCGUGAGAUUGAGCGAAGCGCCCCGGUUACCGCACACGUUGCCGAGGAGCGUGUCAUGGACUUCCAGGAAAAAGCCGAACAGGAGCGGGUUGAAUGUGAGAAGGCGCGCGAAAAAGCUGAGCAAGAAAAGACUGAGCAGGAGCGCAUCGCACGCGAGAAGGCCGUAAAAGCUGCGCGUGAACGGGUCGCACUUGAGAAGGCGCGUGAGAAAGCGGAGGAAGAAAAAGCUGAACGCGAAAAAGCCGAACAGGAGCGAGUCGAACGUGAGAAGGCGCGCGAGAAAGCUGAGCAAGAAAAGGCUGAGCAGGAGCGCAUCGCACGCGAGCAGGCCGUAAAAGCUGAGCGUGAAAAGGCUGAGCAUGAGCAAGCUGAGCGUGAACGGGUCGCACUUGAGAAGGCGCGCGAGAAAGCUGAGCAAGAAAAGGCUGAGCAGGAGCGCAUCGCACGCGAGAAGGCUGAACACGAGAGGGCAAAACGGGAAAAGGCUAAUCGUAAGAGAACUGAGCGUAAGCGGGUCGCACGUGAGAAGGUGCGUGAGAAAGCGAAGGAAGAAAAAGCUGAGCGUGAGAAAGCCGAGCUUGAGAAGGCUGAGCAAGAGCGCGUCGCGCGUGACAAGGCCGAACGCAAAAAGGCCGAACUUGAAGAGGCCGAACGUGAAGAGGCCGAACGUGAAAAGGCCAAACGUGAGCAGGCCGAGCAGGAGCGGGUUGCACGCGAGAAAGCUGAACGUGACAAGGCCGAACGUGAAGAGGCCGAACGUGAAAAGGCCAAACGUGAAAAGGCUGAACGUGAAAGACUUGAUCGCGCAAAGAUCGAAAAAGAACGGCUUGCGCACGAGAAGGACGAACGUGAGAAAUCUGAGCGCGAGAAAGCCGAGCGUGAAGUAGCCGAACGCGAGAGAUUGAAGCAAGAAAAACUCAAAGCUGAAGAACUCGCACGCGAAACGCUCGAACAUGAAGAACUCAAGCGGCACAACCUCGCGGCCGAAAAACUCACCCGUGAAAUGAUGGAACGUGAAACGGUUGAGAAAAAUGGGCCCGACGAUGAAAAUUCGGAAGUUCAAAAGGCCAAGCCAAGUCUCGAGAGUGGGAAUACAAACCCUCAGAUUAAGGAAAGGGAGGAGAGAGUUCGUGCUGGCCAGCCAAUUUCCAAUCUUGGCGGCUCGGAACCAGAGCGCGAGGAUGGAUUGCUCAGAAUCAACAAAGUCAGAGCAAAGAGGCUUGAAAUGCUAAAAAGCGCUGAGGAGUAUGGUGAAGAAGCAAGGCGCCAAGACCAGAUGAUCAAGGAACUCAUCCAUCAAAGGGACCGCAAUCUGAUGAUCAGAGAGCAAGAGCUUCAGAGAGUAAAGAGUAUUUUUGAUGAAGACCUGGGGAAGCAGGUUAGCGUCGAAGAUACGGAAGUAGCAGAAGCGCAACGAAAACUUGAUGCGAAGAAGCGGGAGCUUGAUGCGGUGCGGGCGGAAUUGAAGGCCGAAACGCCUCUUGGCUGGGUUCCAAUCACUGUGUCCCCGGCCCAACCCAACCUCAUCCAGGGACAAGAGGAAGGGAAGUGUCGCUCUGCGGUGGACUUGAGCGGUCAAGGGGCAGUCGUUGGUGAGGAUCAUGGCGAGGAACAUCCGGCUUGGGGACAUCCACCCGAGCAGGAUCAGCCUCCGUCAACUCUAUCUUCGGUUUCGAGUCUGUUUUUUGGAUUUGAUGACCGGGUAUCAACGCCACCCGCAAAGCCUCAAAGCACGCUCCCAGGCCAGGCUCAACCUCAGGGCUCCGGAAACCAGCCUACAGAAGCCAGCUUCGCAAACGUUGCUAUUGCCUUUCAGUCUUUCAGAUUGAUUCUUUCCGUUGCCAUCGGUGCGGAUUGGAACACGGCUUUCUCCGUUGUCCUAUUCACAGUGUCAACUUUUAUGACGGAUUCUCUGCCCCUUUUCACAGCCCUGCUGAAGUUUCUAAGGUUUGGCAUCCACAAAUCGGCACCAGCGCGCCUCCAGGACAUUACGCUGGCAUCGGGACCGGCAUACAACUACCAAACAUCACCGUAUCAAAGUGGCUACCAAGGGCAAAUGUACGCGUCCCAACAACAGAUGAAUGCACCUCCACCGGAGUUGAACGCUCCGCAACUAGGCCCGAAUGUAAUUCAACCACAAUUCAACCCAUCUCAAGGGCCUACAGCUACGACGGCAUCGGGAUCGGCAUACAGCCACCAGACAUCACCAUAUAAAAGUGGCUACCAAGAACAAAUGAACGCGCCCCAACAGCAGAUGAAUGCACCUCGACCGCAGUUGAACGCUCCGCAACUAGGCUCGAAUGUAACUCAACCACAAUUCAACCCAUCUCAAGGACAUCCGAUGCCGCAAGGGGAACCUAUAUGGGUCCACAAAGAUGCAUUUCCUGGGCCACAAGCUUUGCACCCGAUGUAUCCUCAAGGAAACACCCAUCGGCAACUUUACGACCCUAAAAACCCAAGCACGUCAUACAAUGGCCCGUAUCCGCCAGGGUUGAGUCCAACAAGGGGCCCAAGGGCCGAGGCCUCCAUGACUCCCAGAAACCCAAGCAGUACACAUAAUGUCCCGCAUCAGUCGGGGUUGUCGCCACAAGGGGCUCGGGACUCUAGUCACAGAGCACCACGAACACAGGAGGCUCUUCCCGAAAGGCCAGCGGCCGUGUCGCCCCAGAAUUGGCGAACAAAAGCUUCCACUUCUGGACAUCAGGCAGCAAAGCCAGAGGAAUGGCCACAGUCUUUGAGUCCCAACCAAAAGAAGAUGUUGGAUUCGUUCAAGGGAGAUGGGGAUCAGCGAGAACAGGUCGCUUCGCAGGCCCCCGUUUCGGAAGGGAACAUUGCGACACCGUCGAUGCUUCCAACUGUCCAGGAGGAAGCCGAAGAGCUUGAGGAGACCGAGAAGCCCGCAGAGGAAGCGGUUGUCCAAGGGGACGCCACAACUCAAGCUGAAGCUGCUGGUCCCCGAAUGAUCGUCAUCAGGCUGCCUCCGCAGCAGGAGUAACUUCUCCCUCGCUGUCGGAGUGUUGGCUCAGGCCGUCUUCGGGC